CAAAUUACAUAAAUCUCCCACCAAAAAUUAAACUGCAUUUCAGAUGGCAGCACAGUAGUCGGAACUAUAACCACAUUUGUGAAGUUUACAUUUAAUGGUCUUUUCCGGCUGAAUAUACUGAAAGAUGCCUUCAGUAACAUUAAAAGACGUCGAUCAACACAAAUUUGUGAAGGCUUUUGCCGCUCACUUAAAAAAAACUGGUAAAAUGCGUGUACCAGAAUGGGUAGACCUUGUCAAAACUGGUAAAUUCAAGGAAUUAGCCCCAUACGAUCCCGAUUGGUAUUACGUUCGUUGUGCUGCUUUGGUACGUCAUGUGUAUAUCCGUUCUCCACUUGGUGUUGGAUCAGUGACCAAAAUUUUCGGUGGACGUAAACGUAACGGAACACACCCAAGCCAUUUCUGCCGAUCAUCCGGUAGUGUAGCCCGUAAAGCUUUACAAUCAUUAGAACAAUUGAAACUCAUUGAAAAAGCUCCAGAUGGUGGUCGUAAACUUACCCAACAAGGUCGUCGUGAUUUAGAUCGUAUUGCAGCACAAAUAAAAGCACGAGGCCGUAAAGUGAAACAAGAAACACUUGUUUUAUAAAAAGGUUUUCGUUUUUUUAUGUAAUUUAAGAUAAAAAAAUAAAAAAUUUUAAAAAUUAA